CUCCUCCUCUCCCUCCUUGUCCCCCAUGCUCGGACAAGCUGCCGAGGGCGAUACUGCCCCGCAGGCUGCUGCUACUACUACCGACACUCCAGCAACCUCUAUCCCUCCCCCUCCUACCUCUUCUGCAUCUACCACUCCCGCAACACCCUCUCCUUCCGAGAAGAAGACCGAUGCUGUACCGGCAGACAAGGCCACGAACGAUACCGGUGCCUCGGUGAGCAAGGCGAGCGCUUCGGCUGGUGCUGCUGGUAAGACCAAUGCUGAUGCUCCAGCACCGGCUGAUGCUCCGGCACCGGCUGAUGCUCCGGCACCGGCUGAUACUCCGGCACCGGCUGAUACUCCGGCAAAGACUGAUUCCCCUGCUCCUACAUCCGAGGCUGCAACGCCCGCCGAUGCUCCUGCUGCCGCUCCGGUUGCCUCUGCUGCCGACGCCAAGGACACGCCUGCUGAGGCUGCCAACAGUGCGGCAGGCAAGCCGGCCGAUGCUGCCGAUGGCGCGGCAGGCAAGAAGCGCCGCAAGCGCGGCGGCCGCAAGAACAAGAAGAGGACUGAGGCCAAUGCCAAGGCCGCGGCCGGCGAGAACAACACCCCGGCUGCCGCUGACGCCAAGGCCAAGGCGAAUGACACGGCCGCUACUGACGCCGGUGACGGCGCAGCUGCGGGCGCCAAGAAGCGGCGCAAGCGUGGCGGUCGCAAGAACAAGAAGAAGAGCGAUGCCAACGCCAGCGGCAACGCCAACGGUGAGCGCAAGCAGCCGCCGCCGUCGCUGGUCCAGAGCCGCGGCAACGGCAACGUCAAGAAGGGCAGCAGCGGCGGCGACCGCAAGUCGGACUCGCGGCGCAAGAACUCGCGCAAGAAGAACUGGGUUGCGCGUGUCGACCCGCAGGCCGAGCUCGAGGCCAUGCGCGUUCUUCUUCAGCGGUCAGAGGUGUACUCUGAGCGGCGCCCGCAGAUCCAGGUCCUCCACCGCAUGCUCGAGUCGAUGGACCGCCCGUACUACUCCAAGGCCGUCAUCUUCUGCAACUCGUCGAGCGAGGCCACCCAGCUGUUCAGCGACAUGCAGGGCCUCUUUGCCGACUCGAAGCGAAUGAUCUUUGCCUGCACCAUCCUCCCGUCCACUCCCGAGGCUGAGCGUCGCGAGUCGUUUAAGAUCUUCAACAAGAAGCCGUCCAAGCUUCCCUACCUCUCCAUCAUUAUUUGCACCGACUGGCUCAUCAACUUUAUGGCCCACAACCGCUUUGCCAUCAAGUUCCACGACGUCGUCAUCUCCUACGAGCUUCCGGCAAACAUGAAUGUCUACCGCCGCCGCGCUCUCGCCACCACCAAGUUCACUCUCGACCACUCCAAGCGCCGCCUCACCUACGCCACCCUCAUCUCGCGCGACCGCGACACCGACAAGCUCGCCGCUCUCAAGGAGGUUCUUGAGGCUUCCGGCUCGCGCCUCUCGCCCAUGCUCCAGAACUGGCUGGACAACCCCGAGCAGCGCUCCGAGCCGCGUGGCCGCCGUGACCGUGGCGAUGACCGCAACCGCGAUCGUGGCGAUGACCGCAGCCGUGGCGAUGACCGCAACCGUGGCCGCGACGGUGACCGCAACCGUGGCCGCGACGGUGACCGCAACCGCGGCAGCAGGGACGACGGCGACGGCGAUAGCAACGCCCCCCGCUCCGCCCGCAGCCACAGCAACGCGUCGCGCGACCGCGCUGCGCCUGCUGCCCAGCAGCCGCACCAGAACCAGGAGCGCGAGCACAUCCACGCUCCGCCGGCCCACCCGCGCGCUGGCGGCUCCGCCGGCCGGCGCGCCGCAGGCGGUAACCGCCGCAACGGCAACCCCAACUCGGACUCGUUCCCGCCGCUUUCCGGCCAGGACGCGCUCAAGUCCGAGGGUGCUGCCCGCCGCCGUGAGUCGCAGUCGCUCUGGGCCGCCGGCUCGUCGGCCAUCCGGCACGACCAGCAGCCCGGACGCGGUCCCGCGCCGCACCAGCACCAGCAGCCGCACCCGGCCCAGCACCAGCAGCCGCACCCGGCCCACGGCGGCUACGGCCGGUCCAACGGCAUGCACCCGCAGUACGCUGACGUCGCCGCAGCCACUCCCGAGUCGGCCGUGCAGGCCCAGACCGCAGAAGUCGCGCCGGCGCACACCCAGACGCCCGGCUACGGCGUCGCAGUCCAGCAAGUUCGCCACCGCCGCCGUCCUGACAUGGUCCCGCCCGAGGACCAGUUCCAGCGCUACUCUCAGGAGCAGCAGCAAGCUGCGCAGGCCGCGUCGCAGCAGCAGCAGCAGCAGCAGCAGCAGGGGCCCGACGGCCCGGUGCCCGAUAGCACCAGCGGCAUGAUGCCACCGCACGGUGCAGGUAUGCACGGCGGCUACCCGCAGCAGCACCACCACCACCCGAUGCAUGGGGGCCACCCGCAGCACCCCAUGCACGGCGGCAUGCCUGCCCAGUACCCGCAGGCGGGCAUGUAUGGCGGCGGCUCCGCUGACUACGGUGGCGGCUACAUGGGCGCUGGCUCCUGGCAGCCGCCUGCGGCUGCCGGUUACGACGGCGGCUACAUGCCCGACUACGCCCACGGCGGCUACGGCGCACCUGCAGGCCCGCCGCACUCGUACCAGGCCACGUAUGAUCUGGCGACGUCGGGUCCAACCUCUCUCGGCGCCCCGCCCGACAUGUAUGGCAGCGGUCAUGCCGCGGGCGCGCCCAUGUACAGCGCUGCCGGCUACGACAUGGGCAGCGCCGCUGGCUACGACCCGGCCGCCGGCUACGACUACUCGCGCUACAUGCCGCCGCAGGGCCCGCCCUCGUACCCGCCUGCCGCUUACGGAGGCUACGACCCGGCCCGCGCCGGCCCAGCAGCCCAGCAGCCCAUGCAGCCAACGCCGAAUGCCUAUGCCCUCCCAUACUCGGGCAACAACCCCGAUUGGUGCGAGGAGUAUCAGCAGGGCCAGCCAGGCCCUGCCACAGGCCAGGGCCCGCCCGCCCAGCAGGCCGCCGAGGCCCAACAGGGCCAGGGCCAGGGCCAGCAGCCCGCCCACGCCCAGCAGAACUACGCCGCGCAGCCGAUCUAUGCGCCCUACCAGCAGAUGCAGGCGGCCCUCGCCCAGUCGGCCGUCGCCCAGUCGGCCACCCCCGACGUUCGCGGCCUCUGGGGUGGCACCGCCGCCCAGCAAGACUCGCCCGCAUCAGGCAACGCCUGGACCGGCGACCGCCCCGGCUCGGCGGCCUCCGGCCAGCCGCGCCGCGAGACCCCGCCCCCCCAGCAUGGCUACACUGGCGAGCAGCGCCCGCUCGGCGGCAGCCGUCGUCGCUAGACCAUCCAAGCCACAC